GCUUCCGGAAGUGACGACACCUUGGUGGGUAACAGGAGUUGAUGCUUUGAGUCCCAGAGUGGAGAUUCAGAACCGUGUCGCGUUUGGGCGUCAUCAGUCCGCGUCGCCGCAGGAAGUGACAGACGCUCCUGGCGCGCGCCGGGCGCUGUUUCUUCUCAGGUUCGGGGACCGACGGCGGCGGCGGCAGCGGCGCAGGGUGUUUUAACUCAAAUGGGUGAUGAAAAGGACUCUUGGAAAGUGAAAACUUUAGAUGAAAUUCUCCAGGAAAAGAAACGAAGGAAGGAACAAGAGGAAAAAGCAGAGAUAAAACGCUUAAAAAAUUCUGAUGACCGGGACUCCAAGCGGGAUUCCCUUGAGGAGGGGGAGCUGAGAGAUCACCGCAUGGAGAUCACAAUCAGGAAUUCACCAUACAGAAGAGAGGACUCUAUGGAAGACAGAGGAGAGGAAGAUGAUUCUCUGGCUAUCAAACCACCUCAGCAAAUGUCUCGGAAAGAAAAGAACCAUCACAGGAAAGAUGAAAAGAGAAAAGAGAAGCGUAGGCAUCGUAGCCAUUCAGCAGAAGGGGGGAAGCACGCCCGAGUGAAGGAGAAGGAAAGAGAACAUGAACGUCGGAAACGCCACCGAGAGGAGCAGGACAAAGCCCGCCGGGAGUGGGAGCGACAGAAGCGGCGGGAGAUGGCACGGGAGCACUCGAGGAGAGAGCGGGACCGCCUGGAGCAGUUAGAGAGGAAACGGGAGCGAGAGCGCAAGAUGAGGGAGCAGCAGAAGGAGCAGCGGGAGCAGAAGGAGCGGGAGCGGAGGGCGGAGGAGCGGCGCAAGGAGCGCGAGGCCCGCAGGGAAGUCUCUGCACACCACCGCACCCUAAGGGAGGACUACAGUGACAAGGGGAAGGCCAGCCACUGGAGCCGCAGCCCUGCGCGGCCCCCACGGGAGCGCUUCGAGCUGGGAGACGGCCGCAAGCCAGUGAAAGAAGAAAAAAUCGAAGAACGAGACCUGCUGUCUGACCUGCAAGAUAUCAGUGACAGUGAGAGGAAGACCAGCUCUGCAGAGUCAUCCUCAGCAGAGUCAGGCUCAGCCUCUGAGGAGGAGGAGGAAGAGGAGGAGGAGGAGGAGGAAGAAGGAAGUACCAGUGAGGAGUCGGAGGAGGAGGAGGAGGAAGAGGAGGAGGAAGAGGAGGAGGAAACUGGGAGCAACUCUGAGGAGGCCUCCGAGCAGUCCGCAGAAGAAGUCAGUGAUGAGGAAAUGAGUGAAGAUGAUGAGCAAGAGAAUGAAAACCACAUCGUGGUUGUUCCAGAGUCACGAUUUGACCGAGACUCCGGGGAUAGUGAAGAAGGGGAGGAAGAAGUGGGUGAGGGGACCCCACAGAGCAGCGCCCCAACAGAAGGCGACUACGUACCUGACUCCCCAGUCCUGUCACCUAUUGAGCUCAAGCAGGAACUACCCAAGUACCUGCCGGCCUUGCAGGGCUGCCGCAGUGUGGAGGAGUUCCAGUGUCUCAACAGGAUCGAGGAAGGGACCUAUGGCGUGGUCUACAGAGCAAAGGACAAGAAGACAGAUGAAAUUGUGGCUCUGAAGCGGCUGAAGAUGGAGAAGGAGAAAGAGGGCUUCCCAAUCACUUCUCUGAGAGAGAUAAACACCAUCCUCAAGGCCCAGCACCCCAACAUUGUUACUGUCAGGGAGAUCGUCGUGGGCAGCAACAUGGACAAGAUCUACAUCGUGAUGAACUAUGUGGAGCACGACCUCAAGAGCCUGAUGGAGACCAUGAAGCAGCCUUUCCUGCCAGGGGAGGUGAAGACCCUAAUGAUCCAGCUACUCCGUGGAGUGAAACACCUACACGACAACUGGAUCCUACAUCGGGAUCUCAAGACCUCCAACCUGUUGCUGAGCCAUGCUGGCAUCCUCAAGGUAGGGGACUUCGGGCUGGCUCGAGAGUAUGGCUCACCCCUGAAGGCCUACACCCCUGUCGUGGUGACCUUGUGGUACCGCGCCCCAGAACUACUGCUAGGUGCCAAGGAAUACUCUACCGCUGUGGACAUGUGGUCUGUGGGCUGCAUCUUUGGGGAGCUGCUAACACAGAAGCCCCUGUUUCCGGGAAAGUCAGAAAUCGAUCAGAUCAACAAAGUGUUUAAGGACCUGGGGACCCCCAGCGAGAAAAUCUGGCCAGGGUACAACGAGCUGCCAGCAGUGAAGAAGAUGACCUUCAGCGAGUACCCCUACAACAACCUGCGCAAGCGCUUCGGGGCCCUACUCUCCGACCAGGGCUUCGACCUCAUGAACAAGUUCCUGACCUACUUCCCCGGGAGGAGGAUCAACGCCGAGGAAGGGCUCAAGCACGAGUACUUCCGCGAGACCCCGCUCCCCAUUGACCCCUCCAUGUUUCCCACGUGGCCGGCCAAGAGCGAGCAGCAGCGUGUGAAGCGGGGCACUAGCCCGCGACCCCCGGAGGGUGGCCUGGGCUACAGCCAGCUGGGCGACGAUGACCUGAAGGAGACCGGCUUCCACCUCACCACCACCAACCAGGGAGCCUCGGCCGCAGGCCCCGGCUUCAGCCUCAAGUUCUGACUCCGCUGACCUCGCCCUUGUUUUGUACCGUUUGUAAAUUUGUAGAAUUAAAUCGCCUUUUUCCCGGGA